AUGGGUUCGGAGUACAGCGAUGAGUAUGAAGGGUACGAAUCCUCAAGUGUUGGCGACGAGCACGAAGAUACUAUCAAUGAGAUUGUUGCCGAGGUUGUCGACCAGUUUCUCACCGAAUUCAGUAGACAUCUCGGAAUCCAACAGCCCGAAAUCUCAUCAUUAUCGCGCUCGUUGGCGCCCAAGAUACCCGAGACUGAGGAAGAGUAUCGAGAGUAUGUCUGGGGUUACAUUGAGCAUUACCUCCAGUCGUAUUACCAACCCGGGGAUCCAUACGUGGAGGAACUAGUGAAGAGUGCGGCUGUUCGCGCCAAGGAUCUCACACAAAAAUACGACUUGGAACCCGGAACCACGCCAAAGUUGGCCGUCAUGGCCUUAUAUGACUUUGUGAUCCUCUGCGAUGACAGCCGUUCAAUGAAAAGGGAAAAGGGUGCUCGUAUACGGGCUCUCGAAGAUACUUGUCAACGUGUUGCUGAAAUUGCCAGCGCUAUACAAGACCAGGAUGUGUAUCUUCGGUUUCUGAACAACCAAGAAGAUCGGCACCUGAAUAAGCUGUCACCAACUGAGAUCAAAAACCACAUGAAGAAGGUCAGGUAUUAUGGGUGGACCAGACUGGGAAACGCGCUCAGAACCAAGAUUGUCCAGCCUCUCAUUUUCGACCCGUUGGAGAAUGGCCUUUUUGCGAAGCCGGUCAUUACUAUCGUUGUAACAGAUGGACACCCAGAUGGUGAGGAUGAGAAUUGCUUUGGUGAGACCAUCUUGGAAUGCAAAAAGAGAUUGACCCAGCUUUCCAAGCAGCCAGCGGGUGCAAUAUUUCUCAUCUCGAGGGUUGGCAAUGAUGCCAAUGCAGAGAAUUUCCUAAGUAACCUCAGGAUGAACAAGGAGUUACAAGAGGUGCUCUAUUGUUGUCAAGACCAGCUGGAUGAGAGGCGGGAGGUGUUCCGCAGAGCUGGCGGAGAUAAUCAAUAUUCUUCGUAUGUGAAUGAAGAUGUCCAACAACUCAUCCCCUGGGUCUUCCAACAAUCAAACCUUAUGGACCGGGACUGUACACAGAGCUGGCCAGAAGAAGAGCUUCUCUUCAAGACCUUGUUCGCUCAACUCGUCGCCUAUAUAGAGGAGCAAGAACAUGGAAAUAUGAUUUCAGAAAUCUUGUGCAAGGCGACGGGGAUAACAAAUAUUCUGAAACCCAGCGAGACAAUCACGUUACCUAGGAAAAGCUGGAGGGUUGGUGACAGGUCGACGCAUGUGCAGUUCCUCCACACGCAGAGCCAUGUUUUUGGGGACUUGAUGCGAAGCAUCUAUCGUAGACUUGAGGAUGUGGAUGAUGAAGCACCGAGGCUCGGGUAA